AACAACACCACCAAAUUGGAGAGCGAAGAUCUAGUGAUCCGCGUCAGAUGCUUCUAGCUUGCGCCAUUUCUCUUUAAGAUGAGCAUAACGAGCGACAAAUUCCACAGCCGCUUGCUUCCCGCUGCGUCCCGACAAACGCGGAAUGCAAUCCCCAGGCAUGCAUCUUCCGGAAAAGUCCGAGACUUGUGUUAGGGAUUCUCUUGCUUCAACACGGGCUCUAGAGGUCUAGAAGAUACCAAACGUCAUGGCUCCUGAAACACACUUUCCAACCCCCUUGGUGGUCCCCCCCCUCUCCACCCAUAAACAAACCUUCAUCCUUCUCCACGGCCGCGGUUCCAGCGCCACCAAAUUCGGCCCGGCCCUCCUCUCAACCCCGAUCCCCGCCGUCUCCGCGGGCCGGACUCCCGCAACGCCGCCGGCGACGCCACCGGCGCCGGGACCGGCGUCAACACUCGCCGCGCUCUUCCCGCACGCCAAGUUCGUGUUCCCCACGGCGGUGCGCAGCCGCGCCAGCGUCUACGCGCGCAGCGUCAUCAACCAGUGGUUCGACUGCUGGCACGCCGACGACGACCCGGACCGCAAGCCCUGGCUGAUGGCCGAGGGCCUGCCGCGGACGACGGCGUUCCUGCACGACCUGCUGAGGCGGGAGGCGGGACUGGUCGGCGGGGCCGGGAACGUCGUGCUCGGGGGCCUGAGUCAGGGGUGCGCGGCGAGCCUGGUCGCGGCCAUGCUGUGGGAGGGGGAGAGGCUGGGUGCCGUUGUGGGCAUGUGUGGGUGGUUGCCGUUCAAGGCGGCGGUUGAGGUGGCGGCGGGUGUUGGGCGAGAUGCUGGUCAGUGCGAUGAUGAUGACGAUGAUGAUGACGGCUUCGACCCGUUCGAGCGUUCGCCGGUCGAGAGUGGACUCGAUCCUUUUGGCCAUUCGGACGCGACGCCCCUAGACGGCGAUGCCGAUGGCGGGACGGAGACCAGUGACGAUUCCUGCUCUAGGGCUACUAUUGGUCUGCGGGAGGAGCUAGAGUUACCUCGGGUGUCACCGUUGCGCGGCCAGCCAUCUAUCACGGCUACCCCUGUGUUCUUCGGGCACGGCGUCGAAGAUGACAAGGUUCCCGUUCAUCUCGGACGAGAGAGCGCAGACUGUCUCGCGUCCAUCGGCGUCCAUGCUUCCUGGCACGAAUACGAGGGACUCGGGCACUGGUACUCCGAGGCCAUGCUGAUGGACCUCGUUGAUUUCCUGCAGAAGCACACUGGUUGGGGGACGGAAUAAAAUUAUCUGCUUUAAAUGUCUACUCCUCUGAUGACAAGCCAAGGUGCGCCAAUCAAUGUGAUAUCAUAUCUCAUGACCAGGGUUCGUUAAGGUGGUGCUUUGUGGGUUUUUUUUCAUUACAAUCCACAGUCUUUCAGGUCAACCUGGGAAACCACAGCAUCAACCCUGCCGAGGCUCACAGCCUGACCAUUUGUCAAGUUGUUCAUAGCGUCCAAGGCAAUGUUCAAGCCGGCCGCAGCAUGGUCGAUGGCGAGAACGUAGAUGGUCCUGCCAUUGUAAGUGGCCGACCAGCAAGUUCCGCACUUUGGCAAGGGGUCAGCCCAUGGAGACAAUAACUAUAGCACAGCGAGGGUGGUGGGGUCAGGUGAGCUCACGCUUGGAGAG